AUGAAGUCGGACAUUGAGGUCUUCCUCGAACCCCUCUUGAUUGACGUGGGCAAAGCUCAUGCCUUGUCACACGAGCUACAUCAGACCUUUGAACAACUAUCCGCCGGCUCACUUGAGCAGUUCUUACCAACCCCUAUCUCUGAGUCUAUACUACGACCUGCCGCUGGACGCGAGAGAGGACGACAUCUUGCCAUUGACAUCGGUGGCACGAACUUGAGAGCUGGGUUCGUCGAACUAUUGGGCAGUGCGAAUGGCACGGUCAUUGGUGACGGGCUUGGAACAAAUGGAAACACCGCUUCCUCCCAGGAGGGAUCCAACCUUCGUCGGGUCCUUGGAAAAUCAUGGCCUAUCGCCGAGCACCUCAAAAAUGAAAAUGCCGACUCGCUGUUUGCCUGGAUCGGAAAGUGUAUAGCCGAGGUUGUGAGGGAAGGCUGCGAGAACUUCCAUCUACCUCGGAAUGGCGAGCUACCUAUGGGAGUCACCUUUAGUUUCCCCGUCGUUCAAAACACGUUAUCAGAUGCGACCAUUAUGGCCAUGGGAAAGGGCUUCGCUAUCUCGUCGAAACUGGACCUAGGAGCGCAGUUGGUCAGCGGCUAUGAAACUGCGAGGGGCCCCGACCUCCCACGUAUCAGGAUCGCAGCAAUCCUGAACGAUGCUGUUGCCACAUUGGUUUCCUUCAUCUACCAAUCGAAGGAAGAUGCUACCCGCAAAGCGUCAAUGGGUUUGAUAUGUGGCACGGGCAGCAACGCGACGAUACCACUCAGAAGAAGCACACUGCAUAAGGACAAGCUUCCUGGGAAGGUCAAAGUUCUAGCGGGGGACCCUACUGACGACAUAAAAAUCGCCGUCAACACGGAAUGGUCUAUCAACGGCUCAGCACCAGCAUUGCAUAAAUUUGGCCUGGUCAGCAAGUGGGACACGCGUCUUGACUUUGAAGGUGAAAUACCUGGGUUUCAACCGCUCGAAUACAUGACAGCAGGAAGAUAUUUAGGCGAACUGGGGCGACUCAUGCUACUCGACUAUCUCAAGACCCGUCUGGGCUUCUCAGAGGAUAUGUUGCCCUCCAGGUUACAAACCCGAUUUGGUCUGACAACGACCUUCCUUAGCCACUUUCGACCUCUGCAUCCAAAGACACUGUUACGGAAGCUGGAGGAAGAAUUCUCAAAUCAAACAGCGAAAUCUACCUUCAAAUGGACGGAAGAGAGUGCCACUACCUUAUACCACAUAGCUAAGGCCAUCGAAGUACGAGCUGCCGGUAUUGUUGCAGCCGCCAUAAUCGGACUGCUCGCCUGCGCCGGCGACAUCCCACUCCGAGAUCCCUUGGGCAACAAGACGAACGGAAAGAGGUCGACAAACGGAGGGGCUCCAAAGGUAGAGCUUAUCGUGGGAUAUACCGGCGGAUGCAUUGUUCACUUCCAGGACUAUCUGGUAGACUGCCAGAGCUUCCUCGAUGGAAUCAUUGAGGCUGAAUUCGGGAACGCCGCUCCGAUCAGGGUCCUCCUAAGUCCCUGUCACGACGGCGGAAUCACCGGCGCCGGCGUCUUGUGUGGCGCCUCGCAGGCGGCCUCAAAAGAUGUCUGA